AUGUGGGCCAUCAGCGGCUUAGCCUUCUUCGUGUGGCUGUUGACCGCGACAUCCACUUCCGCCAGAUAUCCGGUCAUCUUGGUUCCUGGUGACGGCGGUAGCCGCAUUGAUGUUAAAUUGAACAAACCCACUGUCGUUCAUUAUUUAUGUGAUAAAAAAACAAAUGAUUAUUCUAACAUUUGGUUGAAUCUCGAAUUGUUAGUACCAUAUGCAAUAGACUGUUUGAUAGAUAAUAUGAGACUGAUAUAUGACAAUGUUACCCAUACUACUCACAGUCCUCCAGGUGUAGAUAUAAGAGUACCUGGAUGGGGAAAUUCUUCUGCUGUUGAAUACAUUGAUCCUAGUUUAUCAUCAUAUGGCGCUUACUUUAAGAGUGUUGGUGAUACAUUAGUAGGCACUGGUCUUGAGCGAGAUGUUUCAAUUCGGGGAGCGCCAUAUGAUUUUAGAAAAGCUCCUAAUGAAAACGCAGAGUUUUUUGUGAAACUAAAGACACUAACUGAAGAGACAUACCAACAAAAUAAUAAUACACCAGUUGUGUUCAUUGUACACAGCAUGGGAGGAUGUAUGACAUUGAAAUUUUUGCGAGCUCAAACACAGGGGUGGAAAGAUCAAUAUGUCAGAGCCUUGGUUUCAUUAGCUGGUGCUUGGGGUGGAGCUGUUAAAGCAUUGAAAGUUUUUACUGUAGGUGAUGACCUAGGAGUUUAUGUACUUAGUGGUUAUGUUCUAAAAGCUGAACAAAUUACAUCUCCCAGCUUAGCAUGGCUUUUACCAUCCCCAUAUUUUUGGAAGUCAGAUGAAGUAUUAGUAGAAACUGAUACAAAAAACUUUACAGUGGCAGACUAUAAAUCAUUUUUUGAAGGCAUAGACUACAUGACUGGCUAUGAUAUGUACUUAGACGUUAAGCAGUACAUGGAUUUUGGACCACCUGGUGUAGAAGUCCAUUGUUUACACGGUGGUGGAAUUAAAACAGUUGACAAAAUGAUAUUUGGACCAGGAAAAUUUCCUCUUAAGUAUCCUAAGUUACAAUAUGGUUAUGGCGAUGGCACAGUUAAUUCCAGAAGCCUUGAAGGUUGCAAUUAUUGGUCAAGUAUGCAAAAGCAAAAAGUGUUCCAUCAAGUAUUUCCAAAUGCUGACCACAUGACAAUCUUGAAGGAUGAACGAGUAAUGGAUUACAUUGCACAGCUCAUGGAAAAACUAUAG